AUGGAAGCUUCACAAAAUCUUAAGACACCCCCAAAGUUCAUUAACACACCCGCAAAUUUCAUGAAGGACGAUGAUGUGAGCCAAGAAUGUAAGAAUCUGAUCUCUUCUUUACCUACUUCAGACAAAGAUUACACGGGGAAAAAACUCUACAACUACCAAGGAUCUUGGUUCUAUCCCAACACAAUCCAAGCAAUCCUAAACUUCCAAAAGCAUUUCCGAGCACGAGACAGCGAUAUCAUCCUAGCUUCUUUACCCAAAUCAGGAACCACCUGGCUCAAGGCUCUUGUAUUUGCCGUCGUCCAUAGAAACAAGUAUGCUCCUAAUCUUGUAUCCCAUCCUCUCCUCUCCGACAAUCCCCACAACCUUGUCCGGUUUCUUGAAGUUGAUUUAUAUGUUAAGAAUAUAGAGUUUAUGUUAACCUGUGCCUCUCAUUAA